AUGAUGAAUUCAACCACCACCAAACCUCCAGAAGAGACCUGCUCCCAGAACACCCUGAUCACCCAGCAAAUCAUUCCUGGGCUGUACUUCGUGGUUUUCGUUGCAGGGAUCCUCCUCAAUGGAGUGUCGGGAUGGGUAUUCUUCUACGUGCCCAGCUCUAAGAGUUUCAUCGUCUAUCUCAAGAACAUUGUCGUUGCAGACUUUCUGAUGGGCCUGACGUUUCCUUUCAAGAUCCUGGCCGACUCGGGCUUAGGCCCCUGGCAGCUGACCGUGUUUGUGUGCAGGGUCUCCGCCGUGCUCUUCUACGUUAACAUGUAUGUCAGCAUUGUGUUCUUUGGGCUCAUCAGCUUUGACAGAUACUAUAAAAUCGUAAAGCCCCUUUCGACGUCGUUCAUCCAGUCUGUGAGUUACAGCAAAUUCCUGUCCGUGACCACAUGGCUGCUCAUGCUGCUUCUUGCCAUCCCGAACAUCAUCCUGACCAACCAGAGUGUUAAGGAGGUGACGCACAUAAAAUGCAUGGAACUCAAGAACGAACUAGGGCAGAAGUGGCACAAGGUAUCCAACUACAUCAGCGUGAGCGUCUUCUGGAUUGUGUUUCUUCUGUUAAUCAUUUUCUAUACGGCUAUCACGAGGAAAAUCUUUAAAUCCCACCUUAAGUCCAGGAAGAAUUCCACUUCCGUCAAAAAGAAGUCGAGUCGCAAUAUAUUCAGCAUCGUGUUUGUGUUUUUCAUCUGUUUCGUACCUUACCACAUUGCCAGGAUCCCCUACACACAGAGUCAGACGGAAGACCGUUACGGCUGCCAGGCAAAAGAGAUCUUGCGCUACGUGAAAGAAUUCACUCUGCUACUAUCCGCUGCAAAUGUGUGUCUGGACCCCAUUAUUUAUUUCUUUCUGUGCCAGCCAUUUAGGGAAAUCUUAUGUAAGAAAUUGCAUAUUCCACUAAAAGCUCAGAAUGGCCUAGACACUUCUAAAACCAAAAGAGGAAAUACAACAUAUGAAAGCACAGAUACUUUGUGAAUUCCUGUCCCCUUUCAAAUAAAGUCCUUUGUGCCACGUGUUGUCAUCGCUAAUGACAUGUGA